UUUGCCAUGGCAUGGAUUUAUCUCCGAUACCUUAUCCUCUGGCGACUGGGAAACGUGAAAGCGAAGAGGAGGGAGCAGGGAAAUGGGGGACGGAGAAAGGAGAGAGAGACCCAAAAGACAAGAAAUCAGUCUCGACUCCUGAUACCUCCUUGAGCGUCCAAACAUGAAUGGCUACACCGUCGUUUCCGGCUCAGCCCUGCCCACGCUUUCGCCUCCCAACCCUCCUCCUACAACUCCAUCCUCGUCUACAUUCUCAACUUCCUUCUCCGCCGCUAGUUGUGUCACCAUUAACAACGCUUCUUGUUGGGUUCCGUUAAUAACGAGGAAUAAGAGGAACGGCAGCGGCAAGAGGAGGGGCCUGCUUCCGGCUUUUACCACUGGACGACGAGGACUGAAAUGUGGGUGCGGUCGCGCUCCUGAUUUGUUGCCUCUGGAAUGCAAUUGGGAAGAAGAUUACAAGGAUCAUGAAUUCAUCGUAGUGAAUUUCUACCAUUUCGUGUCUAUCGAAGACCCAGAUGAUGAGGUCGCCAAACACCUAGCGUUCUUGCAGGGUCUUGACAUACGUGGUCGAAUAUAUGUGAACGAGCAAGGGUUUAAUGCACAGUUCAGUGGGCUGUUGAAAGAUGCUCUGGCAUAUGUGAAAUGGUUAAGAGAAGACCCUAGGUUUUCUGGUGUACUGUUUCAAGUUUCUCCAGCUUUAGGUGGACAUGCUUUUCCAAGAUUAAAGCUGCGGUAUAAGCCCUCACUUGUUCAGUUGGAGGGAGGCAUUUCACAUCUUCCUUUGAUUGAUCCGCCGAUGCGAGCUACUCCUCUCACGCCAUGUCAAUGGAAGCAGAGAUUGGAAGCAGCAAAUAAAAGCAAUGAAUUGUCAACCUGGAAGUCUAGUAGGAACUUUAUUCUAUUGGAUGUGAGAAACGGGUAUGAAUGGGAUAUUGGUCAUUUUCAUGGGGCUCAACGACCGGAUGUGGACUGCUUCAGGAGCACUUCAUUUGGGAUAUCGGAAUCGGAGGUGAACGGUUCAGAUCCUUUCGCCUGUGUUGACAAGGAGAAAACCGAUAUAUUAAUGUACUGCACAGGAGGAAUCCGUUGCGACAUAUAUUCUACCAUCUUGAGAAAAAGGGGCUUCAAAAACUUGUAUACCUUGAGGGGAGGUGUCACUCAUUAUCUAAAGAGUGAAGGUUCUGUAGAAUGGGUUGGGAAUCUCUUUGUGUUUGACUCCCGUCUGUCUCUACCACCUUCUGCCUACAAGCCUCAAGGUAUCACUGAAACAAGUAGGGCACAAGAGUGUUCAGAGACUACUUCAUUCGCUAGAUGCUAUAUUUGUGGUUCCCAAGUUUCUGAACUGAGGCACCGCAACUGUGCAAAUCUCGACUGCAACUUACUUUUCUUGUGCUGUACUGGUUGUGUCAAUGAUUUAAGAGGAUGCUGUUGUAUGAGUUGCAUGCAUUCCACCCGGCGUAGACCUGUGCUACCAGGGCAUCAGAGAUACGAAAAAUGGCAUAACUACCGAGAUUUUGAUUUGCAAAGCAUUUGACAACUCGUACAAGAUACUGGAAUCCAUGAUUUUGGAAUCAGGUAGUAAUCUGGCACAGCACACCUAGACUACCUAGUGUAGAACUUGUCCAUUCAGGAGUGGGAAGAAAAUCAGCAAGCGGUGUUCGGCUCCAAGAUAGUUAGUUUCUAAUAGGCUCAAUGUAUAGUAACCGGCAUUGUUACUGUUGGCCUCCAUUUUUGGUACUUGGCUUGUCUGAAAAAUCAAAUUUUCUUCUUUGAUUACCUUCUCUCUGAUGCAAAAGCUCAUACAAUUUGCAUUA